UCCUCCCCUUUUUUCCCCUUUGUCAUAAUGCGCAGGGUCACGUGAGGCCGAAGGUGGCGCACUGUGACGCAUGCGCAGACGCGGAGGCGGAGGAGGCGGUGCUUGUGCGUGAAGCGGCCGUUCCCCUUUCCGCGCGCCCCUCCUUCCUCCCUCUGCAGCCCCUGCAGCCGCUGGCCGGGAAACCCCGGAGCGGAGCCUCAGAAGCAGAGCCGUGAGGAGAAGAAGGAGGAGGAAGAAGAGGAGGAAGAAGCGGCGCAGGGAGGCCCCGCCGGGCCCGGCUGAGGAGAAGCGAAGCAAGGGAAGAAGGAAGGAGGGAGCAGGAGAUCAGGAGGCGCCGCCGCCGCCAUGAUGGAGGCCCGGCCGGCCCAGCGCAGCGCCUGACGGGAGCCGCCACUGAGGGCCAUGGCGGGCCGGGGCGGCCUCUGAGGAGAAACCAAGGCGAGGAGGAGGACGACGGAGGAGCAGCAGCAGGAGCGCCGCCGCCGCCGCCUCGCGGGAGGACGCCCCUCGCCGCCGCUCCCUCGCCCGCCAGCCCGCCCGGCCUCCGCGGCCUACCUCGGCGCCGCCGCCGCCGCCCCUCCAGCGCCCCUCCAGCGCCAUGUCCUGCGUGCACUACAAGUUCUCCUCGAAGCUGAACUAUGACACGGUUACCUUCGACGGGCUCCACAUCUCGCUGUGCGACCUCAAGCGCCAGAUCAUGGGCCGCGAGAAGCUCAAGGCGGGCGACUGCGACCUCCAGAUCACCAACGCCCAGACCAAAGAAGAGUAUACUGAUGAUAAUGCCCUGAUUCCCAAGAACUCAUCUGUUAUUGUCAGAAGAAUCCCUAUUGGUGGAGUAAAAUGUACAAGCAAAACAUAUGUCAUAAGUCGAAAUGAUCCAGUGAGUGGACCUUCAAAAGCAAUUGAUGACUCUUCUGCAUCUAUUUCUCUGGCCCAGCUUACAAAGACCGCCAAUCUGGCUGAAGCCAAUGCUUCCGAAGAAGAUAAAAUUAAAGCUAUGAUGUCACAGUCUGGCCACGAAUAUGAUCCAAUCAAUUACAUGAAGAAGCCCCUGGGUCCACCUCCGCCAACAUAUACUUGCUUUCGUUGUGGAAAACCUGGCCAUUACAUAAAGAACUGCCCAACCAAUGGGGACAAAAACUUUGAGUCUGUUCCCAGGAUUAAGAAGAGCACAGGAAUUCCCCGAAGUUUCAUGAUGGAGGUGCAGGACCCUAAUACAAAGGGUGCCAUGCUCACAAACACAGGGAAAUAUGCUAUCCCAACUAUUGAUGCCGCGGCUUAUGCUAUAGGAAAGAAAGAGAAACCCCCUUUCCUGCCAGAGGAGCCCUCGUCUUCCUCAGAAGAAGAAGACCCUAUUCCAGAUGAGCUAUUGUGUCUGAUAUGCAAAGACAUAAUGACUGAUGCUGUGGUCAUUCCCUGCUGUGGAAACAGCUACUGUGAUGAAUGUAUCAGAACAUCGCUGCUAGAAUCGGAGGAACAUACCUGCCCAACUUGUCAUCAAACAGAUGUUUCUCCAGAUGCGUUAAUUGCCAACAAAUUCUUGCGCCAGGCUGUAAAUAACUUCAAAAAUGAAACUGGCUACACAAAAAGGCUUCGCAAGCAGGCCCAGCCACCUAGGCAGGCGGUUCCGCGGAAUGUGCCUUCAUUACCAAGGCCGACGGGUUCAAGGCAGCAGGAUCCGCUCAUGAUUCCAGCCACUUCUGCCCCGAUGCACACAGCAACAUCCCUCAGUUUGUCAUUGGCUCCUGGCCAGUCGGCAUCUUCAACAGUCACAUUGCCAGUAAGCCAUUCUGCCGCCACAUCUGCUACUGAGGUCUCUGUACCAGUGUCCCUGGCGAUUCAUACUGACAAGACAGAAGGACCCUUCCGCGAAGGUGAUGGGAUUGGACCUGCUCCUACUCCUUCUCCUGCUCCUGCUCCUGCUACUACAGUGGCUGCCUCAGAACACUCCAAGCCCCCUUCCUCACUUUCCAUUAAUACUGUGAUGGAGGAGAAGGGCUAUCAGGUUCCUGUGCUUGGGCAGCCAGCCUUGCCAGGACAGCUGGGUUGUCAUGGGCAUUCAAUACCCACCAUGGGUCAGCCAAUGAGAACCAACCCUGUUCGCUCUGCAGGCAGUCGGUCAGGCUGGGAACCAAGUUCAAACCGAGGACGCCCGCAUAGUGACCGUACACAAAGGACUCAGGCCCCAACACUGCCAGCAUCAACACCAGUCUUUGUGCCCGUGCCUCCACCUCCCCUGUAUCCUCCUCCUCCCCACGCACUUCCUCUUCCACCGGGGGUACCUCCACCACAGUUUCCUCCUCAGUUUCCACCUGGUCAGCCUCCACCUGCUGGGUACACUGUCCCCCCUCCGGGAUACCCCCCAGCUCCAGCAAACAUAUCAACACCUUGGGUACCAACACCAGUACCAACGGCUCACUCAAAUGCCAUCCCAACGACACAAGCACCUCCUCUCUCUAGGGAGGAGUUUUACAGAGAACAGCGGAGACUUAAAGAGGAGGAAAAGAAAAAGUCAAAGCUUGAUGAGUUUACAAACGAUUUUGCUAAGGAACUGAUGGAAUAUAAAAAAAUACAGAAGGAACGCAGGCGUUCUUAUUCCCGGUCCAAAUCACCAUAUAGUGCGUCUUCAUAUUCAAGAAGUUCCUACACCUACUCCAAGUCUAGAUCUGGCUCAUCUCGCUCUCGUUCCUAUUCUCGGUCGUUCAGCCGCUCCCACUCCCGCUCCUACUCCCGGUCACCACCUUACCCACGGAGAGGCAGGGGUAAGAGUCGGAAUUACCGUUCCAGGUCAAGAUCCCAUGGAUAUCAUCGCUCAAGGUCUAGGUCGCCUCCCUACAGAAGGUACCAUUCUCGGUCAAGGUCUCCAGUUUACAGAGGCCAGUCCCCAAACAAACGCCCCGUUCCUCAAGGAGAGGGGGAAAGGGAGUACUUUGGUCGAUAUCGAGAAAUCCCACCUUAUGACAUGAAAGCAUACUAUGGCAGGUCUGUGGAGAUGCGAGACCCGUUUGAGAAAGAGAGAUUCCGCGAGUGGGAGACAUACAGAGAAUGGUAUGAGAAAUAUUACAAGGGCUACGCAACUGGAGCCCAACCCAGACCUCUGCUUAACAGAGAGAACUUCUCCCCAGAGCGAUUUGGUCCUCCCGGCCCAAGGCGAGAGAAUUCCCCAUAUAUUCGGGGUCGUAGAGAUGAUUAUCCUGGAGGUCUGGGCCAUCGAAAUCGAAAUGUAAAUGUUGGCUACUCUGAAAAACUUCCAGGUAGAGAGGCCCACAGUAUGAAAGACAUGGCCAAACUGAAAGACAAGGAGGUUGAAAACCCCCCAGGAGAUGGGAAAGGAAACAAACACAAGAAACACCGUAAGAGGAGGAAGGGAGAAGAGGGCGAAGGUUUCCCCAGUGCUGACCUUCUGGAAGGCUCGCGAAAGCCAAGGGAGACAGCUGCUGGGGAAGACAGCAAACCUGACCCUCUCUUCAUGCUCCCAAGCAGGGACGAUGCUACUCCUGUUCGAGACGAGCCUAUGGAAGCAGAUUCAGUCGCCUUUAAACCCGUUUCUGACAAGGAGAGGAAGGAAAAGCCGAAGGCAAAAGCUGAGAAGACAAAGCGGAAAGCCGAAGGCGCUGCUGCCACCAAGAAAGAGGUGCAAGCGAAGCCAGCUAAAGCACCCCAAGAGAAAGCAGAGGCUGAUCGUGAAAAAUCCCCCCGGGCUGAUCCUCCCACAAAGAAAGUGAAGGAAGAGCUGCCAAAGGCUGAUGGGGCGAAAUCACUGCCCUCUCAAAAAGAUGAGAAGCCACUCGGUGCACCACGCAAAGUCCAUCCCCGAGGCUCCAAAGAACAUCCAGAAGCCAGGCCAGCCAAGGACGAGAAAGCCAAGAAGGACCCCGCCAAGGAGGUCAAGCAGGAGAAGCCCUCUGGCAAGGAGGAGAAGUCAAAGAAUAAGCCUGUGGAUGCAAAACCGGAGAAAAGGAAAAGGAAAGUUGAGGAGAAAGGAGAUAAAGAUCACGAAGCGCCGUCAUUGAAAACUUCCAAGGCAGAUGUGGCAGAGUUGAAACCAUUGCCAAAAGGAAAAUCUGAGCCAGAGGGUGAAAAAGCAGAGAGGACUCCCGAGAAGGAGAAAGGCGUGUUGCCAGCUGCUCCAGCAAAAAAGAUUAAGCUUAACCGAGAAACUGGCAAGAAGAUUGCCAGUGCUGAAAACGUCCCCCCUGUUAAAGAAGCUCCGGCAGAGAAAACUGAGCCACCCAGCAGCAAAGGGAAGCUGGAGAAAGCCAAAGGGAAACCGAGGAGGAAACCCGCAGCGGCUGACGGAUCUGGUUUGACGCUGGUGGAUUACACCAGCACUAGUUCUGCUGGAGGAAGCCCUGUGAGAAAGCCAGAAGAUAAGCUAGACACAAAGCGAACUGUCAUCAAGACUAUGGAAGAGUACAAUAAUGACAUAACAGCGCCUGCCGAAGACGUCAUCAUCAUGAUCCAGGUUCCUCAGUCCAAGUGGGAUAAAGAUGAUUUCGACUCUGAGGAGGAGGAAGAGGAGGAGGAGGAGGAGGAGGAAGACAUUAAAUCUGCACAAGUUCCUUCUGCGGCUGGGAAACCCUCGAGUGUUGUCAAGAACGUCAGCACAAAGCCAUCCAACUCCCUCAAACACAGUGAAAAGGAUCCCGAAAGUUCACAGCCUGAAUUGAAAAGCUCCAAAAACCUGGCAUCAAAUGAGAGAGGGAAGGCCAAAGACCGGGAUCACUCGGCAUCCGACAGAGACUCUUCUGAAAAAAGAAAGGGUGGCGUCCAGCUGGAGAAAGAGCGCUCGGAGCGUACCGCAGAGCAGGGAAAUGCAAAAAACUGCUCUUCUCACUCUUCCAAAGAGACCAGAUCUUCAGACAAACAUGAAUCUGCCCAUGGAUCCUCUGUUAAGGAUUUCACUCCUAACCGGGACAAAAAAUCUGACUAUGACAGCAGAGACUAUUCAGGUUCUAAGCGAAGAGAUGAAAGGAACGACCUUGUACGGAAAAAGGUCUCUCCUCCCCGCAGCCGGGAAUCUGCCACCUCUGGGCAAAAGAAUAAGACGAGGGACGAGCGAACAGAGCAGCCCAAAAAGGAAGCUGGGGACUCCAAACGAGGCAGUUACAGCCCUCCGAGGGAUCGAAGGCUGAAUGAUCAUAAGACGGCCUAUGACCCUAGGCGCUCCACAGAACAACCCAAGCCCCAGGAGAGGGGCUCGGGCAAAGAAAGAGAGAAACGUCCAUCGUCGGAGACCUGGAGCAGCAAGGAGAGGGCGGUGGGCGGGAACAAGUCCUUGUACAGACGCUGCUCGCCAGAAGCAAGAGAACAAGGGACUGUGCCGAGCGACAAGAGCACUGCCAAGCCGAAGCCUCAGCCGAGCCACUCUUCCCGCCUCUCUUCUGACCCAACGCGAGAGACCGACGAGGCUGCUUUUGUCCCAGACUACAAUGAAAGUGACAGCGAUAGCAAUGUCUCUGCAAAACAGGAGAGUUCUCCGGGGAGAGCCACCAGGGACGGGAAGGACAAGGCCGCUGAUAAGCUGAAGGAGGCUGCUGCGGCAGCGGGCGCCGGUUUGGCCAUCCAGCCCCGCGGAAGCCGGAGCCAGAGCCAGAGCAGUCCCAGUGUCAGCCGCAGCCAGAGCCCCUCGGAGAGCCAAGGCCGGAGCCGGAGCAGCAGCGCCAGCUCUGCCGACAGCCAGGACAGCAAGAAGAAGAGGAAGAAGAAGGACAAGAAGAAGCACAAGAAGCACAAAAAGCACAAGAAGCACAAGAAGCACGCCGGGACAGAGUCAGAAGUGGAGAAAAGCCAAAAACAUAAACACAAGAAGAAGAAGUCGAAGAAGAGCAAGGAGAAGGAGAGAGACGACCAAAAAGCAAAAACUGUCGCCGUCUAGGAUGGAGGGGGCAGCGGGGAGAGAGGAAUGGACUGACUUGACCAAGUCACCUGUAUGAAAUUUUGUUAUAAUGUAAACAAACAAGAGCCUUGUAAAUAAUGCCAUGACAGGCCCUGUGCUGCACUUACACAAUUGCUGCUUGAUUUGAUUUUUACAUCAGAGCUUUAUAAAGUGAACAUUUUGUACAGACUUGUGAGUUGUGACCAUGUAAUAUUGAGGGGGGGAGGGGUGGUGGUGAGUUUUUUAUUUAAUUUUAUUUUUAUUUGGGGGGGGCUCUUUUAACCACCAUUAAACUAGUUUGGGUGGAGUUUACUGUACUGUGAAAAAAUUCACACUUUUUUUUAAAAUUGCCUGUGAGGAAAAAUAAAAGGGUUGAUACCAGUUCUAAAAUAUCAGCCAGAGUACUUGCGGAAUGCAUUACAGCCCUGUUCGGUUACUUUUGAUUACAAUA